GGGUGAAGCAGCUGGAGCUGUCCUCCAAAAUCCACUCCAGCGUCUCCCAAAGCUUUCGCCAACGUUGUGGAGCCGCCUCUGUAGGAUUGCAACCAGUGAGCCUCCCAACAUCUGGAAUCGGUUUUGACCAGGUUCUUCCUCUGUUGUGACCUCAUCCAGGCCAGAAACUGCCUUCUCUCAAAAAGUCAAAAUCCUAUUCUGAGGACUACAAUCUGUCCAUCUCUCUGGGGAAACUGCUGAAGCCAUGGCUCUAUGUCUGGGUCAGGUGUUCAGCAAAGACAAAACCUUUCGGCCUCGGAAGCGCUUUGAACCCGGCACGCAACGUUUUGAACUGUACAAGAAGGCUCAAGCCUCACUCAAGUCUGGUCUGGACCUCAGGAAGGUUGUGCAGCUGCCUGAUGGAGAAAACCUCAAUGACUGGAUCGCCGUGCACGUGGUGGAUUUCUUUAACAGGAUCAACCUGAUCUACGGCACGGUCAGCGAGUACUGCACCGAGCGCACUUGUCCGAUCAUGUCGGGGGGGCUUAGGUAUGAGUACAGGUGGCAAGACGGCGACGACUACAGGAAACCCACCAAGCUGCCCGCUCUCAAGUACAUGAACCUGAUGAUGGACUGGAUAGAAUCGCUCAUCAACAAUGAGGAAAUCUUCCCUACCAGAGUAGGUGUUCCUUUCCCCAAGAAUUUCCAGCAGGUGUGCAAGAAGAUCCUGAGCCGGCUCUUCAGGGUGUUUGUGCACGUUUACAUCCAUCACUUUGACAGUAUCUGCAGCAUGGGCGCCGAGGCCCACAUCAAUACCUGCUACAAGCACUAUUACUUUUUCAUCUCGGAGUUCAACCUCAUCGACCACUCUGAACUCGAGCCCCUGAAAGAGAUGACUGAGAAGAUUUGCAAUUAAACUUCAAGUAUGAAGAAGACAACGCUCAACUUCAAUGGACUCUAAACAAAGAACUUUUAAAUGUGUAACAUUACAAUGUGAGCAGUAUGAGUGUGACUGUGAAUUUUUACUAUUCAACCACACUUUUUUUCAGGUGGUGUUAAUAUUUGCGUUACUUGUGGUAACAAAGUUGCCGUUGUUAUGUGACUGAGCUGGUUAACGAUUUCCUCUGUCUUUCCUCCUGUCUUAAUUUUCCUAAAAAAUUAAAAAUAAAGAGUUACAAUACCUUUUAGGAUGACAUGGUAUG